AUGUUUACAAAGCAUCGUUUUCAAAUUAAAAAUAGUUCAAAACUUAAAUAUUCUGAAAGUAAAUUAUUAUUCCCCGAAUUUAUUUCCAAUUGCUUCAACAAACAACAACUUGUAAAAUUAAAAGUUCAAUUUACUUAUGGAUCUAAUGCCGUAAUUUAUUUAUUAGAAAAAGAGCCAAUGAUUUUUCAAGAUGGUGCUGAUAAAGUAAAUUUUUUUCCUUCAGUUUAUUUUCUGUGGUCUUUUCCAACAAUAUUUCCAAUUUUAUUUAUUCAACAUUCAACUUUUGGAUUUUUAAAAAAAGGUGCUGAUUUAAUGAUCCCUGGAAUUGAAUUAAUUAAUCAAUUUCCAAAUUUUGAACAAAAUUGGCCUGUUGGGAUUUCUACAAUUUGUAAAAAUAAAGAAGGGAAUGGAUAUACUAUUUGUGGGCCUUUAGCUGUUGGAAAAGUUUUGUUUUCUUCUGAUGAGUUGAAAGAAAAAAUUGAAACGGGGCAAAAAGGAAAAGGUGUCGAAAUUUUACACAUUUUUGGUGAUUUUCUUUGGGAAUCUGGUUCAAGACGUUCAUUUCCUCAAUUUAUGUCAGAUUGUGUACAUGCUGCUUUAAAUCCACAAACUUCUCAAAAUGAUGAGACUGAUAAUUUGUAUAUGUCACUUUGGAAUUUUAUGGGAAAAUCUAUACUUAAAGAUGAUGAGCAAUUAAUAAAUUUAAACACGGAAAAUAUAUCCUCAAAAUUAAAGAAUGAAGCAGAAGAAUUGCUAAAAAUUGAAGAGUCCUCGUUAACUAGUGAAGAAAUGGAUAAUUUGCUUUUCAAUAUUUUCUUCUCUGCAAUAAAAUAUCAAUUAACACCGGCAAGUAAAUUUCCAUUUGAUGCUGGCCAAUUUUAUGCAAAUUAUAUAAUUAAAAAUAUACCGGUUGGGAAAAAAUUGGAAAUUAAAAAGACGAGUUAUAAAAAAUUUACAACAUUUUUAGAAGAAAUUAAUAAUAAUGAAAAUGGAUGGGUAGUUAAAGUUAAAACAAUCAAAAGUAUUAAUUUUAUUGAAAAUAUAAAUUUUGAUCACCCAUAUGUUCAAAAUGCUUUACCUUUUGACGAAGAUUUUUCAAAUUCUGAUUUAAAACAUUUACCGUCCCAAACAUCAAUAAAUAUUUAUGAACAAAUGUUUUCUUUAACAGAACAAGUUAUGCCUAUUUUUAGAAGUAGAGGACAUCGAAGAGGUGAUUUGGUUAAUAUUCAAGAAAUUCGUUCAAUUCUUUUAGAAUAUGCAAAAGAAAAGAAUUUAAUUUUAAAUGAUGGAAAAGAUAUUAAUUUGGACGAUGAUACACUCCAAAUGGUUGUAAAAUAUUUUUUGCCUGAAGCAUUUCCAGUAAAAACACUUAUACAAAAACUAUGUGAAGCUAUGACAAAGGCUGUACUUGUAAAAACAGCGGGAGGAAGAGAAUUAAUUUAUAGAGGGAAAGUGCCUAAUAUUGAAUUUAAGAUAGAAAAACGUAGUGGAAAUAAAAUUGUAACGCUAGUUAAUAACCUCGCUGCCUUUGGUAUUGAAGCAAAGGAUAUUGCAAAAGAAAUUAAAGGAACUGGAACGUCGAUAUUUCCAAAUGUUUUAGGCUGUGAAGGACCUCAAUUGUUAAUUCAAGGAAAUGAGGUUUUAAAUUUUUUAUUUUUAGAAAGUUUUGACGGGGAGAGACGUCGACUUUUACCUUAA